CAAAAAUAGACACAAGGAUUAAGGGCUGUACUGCUCUAGACGCACAUCCUAACUGCAAAUGGGCAAGGAUCUAAGCGAUGACCAGGUCUCUUCAAUGAAGGAAGCGUUCACGCUUUUUGACACUGACGGAGACGGCAAGAUCGCCCCGUCUGAGCUGGGGAUUCUCAUGCGUUCUCUCGGGGGUAACCCCACGCAGGCCCAGCUCAAGUCCAUAAUCGCCGAGGAGAAACUGACCGCACCUUUCGACUUCUCUCGCUUUCUGGAUCUCAUGGCCAAGCACCUGAAAUCCGAGCCCUUCGAUCGACAGCUCCGUGACGCUUUCAACGUGCUCGACAAGGAAAACACAGGUUCCGUCACCGUCUCGGAUCUGCGCCACAUCCUGAUUAACAUUGGGGAGAAGCUGGAGUCGUCUGAGUUCGAUGAGUGGAUCCGGGAGGUGGAUGUUGGGUCCGACGGGAAGAUCCGUUACGAAGAUUUCAUUGCCAGGAUGGUAGCUAAGUGAGAUCGUGAAGAAACACCCUCUUUCUUGACACCAUGCUAAGUUGAAGGAUUUUGAAGUUUAUUUUGUCAUGCUCUUUACCUAUUUGGCCAUUGUCAUAGUUGGUUGUCUUUAUUUUAUUAUGUCCAGUUUUAAGUUUUUUUCCUCCCACUUUGCUUUCUGUCACGAGAAGUUUUCUCUGGAUGCAAACUUGAACAUAUGAUUAUGUUGUGCUAUGUAGACAAGUAUAAAUG